UAUCUGAGCUAGGAUGGUACGUGAUCUCUUGGAGACCAGCACACGCGCGCCAAUACGCACACGCCCCAGCGGGCACUGCUACCCCGCGGAGCAACAUGUCUUUCUCCUAGCAGCGGUGCCCCUCACAGCCUGCCAGUCCUUGACGAUGUGGCCAUGCUUUCCUCUCUGCCUCCUGCUUUCCCUCUCGCUGCUCCUGCCCCCGGGGCAUCUCUGCCCCCCUCUCUGUAGCUGCCUGGACUACCACACCAUAGACUGCCGGGACCAAGGGCUGCCCAGUGUCCCGAACCCCUUCCCGCUGGACGUGCGGAAACUCCUGGUGGCUGACAACAACAUCCAGGCAAUCCCGGCGGAUUUUUUUAUCUUUUAUGGCGACCUGGUGUACCUGGACUUCAGGAAUAACUCCAUCGCCGCCUUGGAGGGCGGCACGUUCAGCAGCUCCGCCAAGCUGGUGUUCUUGGACCUCAGCUACAAUAAUUUAACCCAGCUGGAGGCCGGGAUAUUCAGGUCGGCGGAGAAGCUGAUCAAACUGAGCCUCGGGAACAAUCGCCUGGUGGAGGUGGACGAGGCUGCGUUUGAGAACCUGGAGCAGCUGCAGGUGUUGGAGCUGAACGACAACAACUUGCAGAGCCUCAGCGUGGCGGCCCUGGAGGCGCUGCCCGCCCUCCGGACCAUCCGCCUGGAGGGCAACCCCUGGGUCUGCGACUGUGACUUUGCCAACCUCUUCAGCUGGAUCCAAGAGAACGCCUCCAAGCUCCAGAAAGGUCUCCAUGAACUUCAGUGCUCCCUGCCUGUGGAAAACAGAAGAAUCUUUCUGGAUGAAUUAUCCGAGGUCAGCUUUAGUGAAUGCAAAUUUAGCUUGUCGUUAACGGACCUUUUUAUCAUCAUCUUCUCUGGAGUGGCGGUCUCCAUCGCUGCCAUUUUGUCCAGCUUCCUCUUGGCGGCACUGGUGCACUGCUUCCAGAGAUGCGCUCCUAGUAAAGACGAUGACGACGAUGAAGACGACAGUGAGGACUGAACUUUUCCCUGUAUUUAAACGUCCCUUGUGGAUCAAUUGCUGGAUCCGCAGCCAAUGUCAAAGAAGAAGAAAGAAAAGUGAACGUAGAUCUCUCAGCCUAGGGUCUGUUUCUGUGAAGCUCAAUCGAACAUUGCAUUAAAAGUCAGGGUGGGGGUAGGAGAGGAAUAAAGAGGGGAAGGAUAUCAAAAGAAACCCCUGUGUUUGAACAAGAUUGUCCACAUGAUAGCCCAUAAUAGAUUGUUCUAAUUGCAUGCUAAAAAGGACACACUAUAGGCAGCCUAAGUAUAGAGCUUUCCGUUGGAAAUACAGAAACA